CUGCCGACAAAAAGAGUUUCCUUUUUGCAAUUUCUCUCUUCAUCUCUACUUCACUCCUUUCUUCAAUUUUACUUUACUCCACAAUUUCUUGAAUCAUUUGCCUAAAUCUCUAUAUAUGGAGCGAUUUUUUUAAAAAAAAUCAAAUACUGCAGAAUUAUCAUCAUCAAUCAAUCAACCUAUUCAACUAGCACCACCUAAGCAGGUAAUUGUUGAGAAAGUUGAGGUCAAUAUAGAAAACAUUCCUUCUGAUCCAGGACUGCGACCUAACAUAAUGAGCUAUCCGCCUAAUAUUAGGAAUCAGGUAUGUAGAGCUUACUUACUUAAAGGUCCAUGUCAACCACACCAUCAUAAAUUUCCUCAAAAGGUAGAUGAAACUCGAAAAUGGAGAUUUAUUGUAUCUUGGUUUGAUGAAUUCAGUAGUUGGUUGGAAUAUAGUAUUGAAAAAGAUGCUGCAUAUUGUUUAUUUUGUUAUCUUUUUGCAACUGGGCAUAGUGAAAAAUGUCAUGAUACUUUUGUAUCUAAAGGUUUUACUAAUUGGCGAAAGAAAGAAAGAUUGAGAGAACAUGUAGGAGACCAUAAUAGUGAUCAUAAUAAAUGACGAUUAGCUUGUGAAGAUUUGAUGAAUCAAGCUCAACACAUUAAAGUUUCUUUUUCAAAAUAAUUAGAACAGUUAAAAAUUGAAUAUCGUUGCAGGUUAAAUGCAUCAAUUAUAUGUCUUUGUUAUCUCUUGAUGCAAGGAUUGGCUUUUCGAGGGAAUGAUGAGUCUGAAAAUUCAUUAAAUCAAGGAAAUUUUCUUGAAUUAUUAAAAGUUAUGGCUUCAUGUAAUGAAGAAAUUAAUUAUGUUGUGUUGAAGAAUGCUCCUGACAAUCUCAGACUCACAUCUUCUCAUAUUCAAAAAGAUAUCAUUAAUGCAGCUGUAACUGAGACAACAAAGGCUAUCAUUACAGAUUUUGGAGAUGAUUUGUCCUCUAUUUUAGUUGAUGAAUGUCGAGAUGUAUCAAUUAAAGAGCAAAUGGGAGUUGUCAUAAGAUAUGUCAAUGGAUCUGGAUGUGUCAUUGAAAGAUUUAUUGGUCUUGUGCAUGUCCAUAAUACAAGUGCAGCAUCUCUUAAAAAAGGUAUUGAGUCUUUGCUCUCUACUUAUGGCUUGAGUAUAUCUAGUUUGAGAGGUCAAGGCUAUAAUGGAGCUAGUAAUAUGCGAGGUGAAUUUAAUGGCCUUCAAAGUUUGAUUUUGAAGGAGAAUUCUAGUGCUUAUUAUAUACAUUAUUUUGCUCAUCAACUCCAACUCACACUUGUUGCUGUUGCUAAAAAGCAUUCAAGUAUAGGUUCUUUUUUCAAUACUGUUACUUAUUUGGUCAAUGUUAUUGGAGGUUUUUGUAAAAGCAGGGACAUGCUUCGAGAAAAGCAACUAGAGAAAAUGUUUGAAGGAAUUGCAAAAGGUGAUAUAAAAACUAGAUAAGGUCUAAAUCAAGAAAUGGCAUUGAAGAGACUAGGAGAUACUCAUUGGAGUUCUCAUUAUGGUACGCUUAUUAAUUUGAUACAUUUAUUUCCUUUUGUCAUUGAUGUUCUUGAGUAUAUUAGAGAAAAUGGUAGUGAUGAUCCACAAAGGGCUGAAGCAAUUGAUUUGCUAGAUAUUAUGAAUCGAUUUGAAUUUGUCUUUGUGUUGCAUCUUAUGAAAAAGAUUUUGGGAAUCACACAUGAGUUAUCACAAGUUUUACAGAGAAGGGAUCAAGAUAUUGUAAAUGCUAUGAAUCUAGUUAAAGUCUCAAAAUUUCGUUUGCAAGUGAUAAGAGAAAAUAAUUGGGAAUCUUUGUUACUUGAGGUAUUGAAAUUUUGUAGUAAAUAUGAUAUAGUUGGAUUAGAUAUGGAGGAUGUCUAUGUAGCUAGAGGGAGAUCAAGGCGCAGAAGUGAAGAAAUGACGAAUCUUCAUCACUAUCGUGUUGAGUUAUUUUAUUUUGUGAUUGAUAUGCAGUUUCAAGAACUUAAUAAUCGAUUUGAUGAAGUGAAUACAAAUUUGCUUUUAUACAUGGCAUGUCUCGAUCCUAAGGACUCAUUUUCUGCAUUCGAUACGAGCAAAUUGAUUCAACUCGCAAAA